AUGGAAGCGUUUGUAUUGGCAGUUUUCAUUGUGGCUCUCGCUGUGGAAGACUCUGUUCAAUGGAGCGGCAAUAUAUGUCCCUACACGAAGGUCACCUACACAUCAAGCUAUAUCUGCAUUUCUUCUUGUUGGUGGACUUGCUGUGCUCACGCACUUAUACACGUGCCCGUUUAUACUACGGCUUACAAGUGUUGUCCCGGGUGGGCUGAAAAUGGAGAUGGAAAUUGCAAUACCGCACUGUGUUACCCCUCUUGUGCUAAUGGUGGAACAUGCUCGUCCCCAGGAAGAUGUAGUUGCAAGGAUGGAUAUACUGGAGCGACAUGCACUGGACAUGACUGUAAUAAGGAGCGACCAUGCUACCCAGGGGACUGUCAAGAGAAUGGUGCCAGCGUUGUUUGCAACUGUAUGGAUGACUUCGAUGGGGAUUUUUGCAUACAUCUCAAGAAGACACAAGUGCCAGAGGUGACGCAGAUACAGGCACAGUUUUCAUACAUUAAGGAUGGCAAGCACAUCUAUAGUCUCAUAGCAGACGGUACAGAGCAAGCUGAACAAGUCAUUGUAUGGACAAAUCAAGAGCGACUCAACAACAUCAACGUACCACAUCCCCCAGCUUAUAUCAUCGAAGCCAAGACUGGAAUUGCCAGAGCAUUUGUCAAGAUGAGUGGACCUGAUAUUGCUUCGACGGACAAGGAAUACGCUUGUGGUGAAGCAGUCAGCUCCGAAAACCCAAAGAACACGGUCAGCUGUUCAUUUGUUACAAAGUACAAUAACCGUUUGGCUGAUGGUGACAAGUUGACCUUGACAUUCCGAGUUUCAAGUGGUGGCUACCGGAGUCUGAGCGGAGGAGCCACAGAACACUAUACCGGGGAGGACGCUGUCAGCAUUUUAGCAUUCCACGUUGACACGGUUAAACCCGUGUUCAACAACCCCAAUGACGGUUUUCAGAUUCACCCAGAAUUCACAAAGCAACAAAUCGUCAUGAAGUGGGAGGGUUGGACCGACACUAAAUCUGGAAUGGACAAGUACACAUGGGAAGCAUUCAAACUUGAACCAAGUCAGAACGGAAGCUUGACGGAAGUAGACAAACUGAGACCUGUUGUUGACAGAGAAGUUGACCAUACCGAUCCUAUCUCCUAUCCUCUUCCCUAUGUCCCAGCCAGACCAGGGAUGUAUUCUUUUGUCCUUGAAGCUGCCGACAAGGCCAAUAACUCUGUAUACAUGAGAAGGUUUGCACUGUAUGACAGAGAGUCGGCAGUGACCACGGAUCCAGCCAAUGCCCUGUACAUAUCGUCAGCUGUGCAAGACCAUGGCUUCCAGUGGAUGACCGAUGCCUCCACGCCACUUGUCAUUAACUGGCAAGAUCAUUUUCUUAAUUAUGUCCAUGAAAGUGGUAAAUUCCUGAACAGCAUCCUCCCCUUCCGUGUGAAGGUUGUAGAAGACCCACCAAUCUACAAGGAAGUACCUCAUACAAAUGAUGAUCAUUAUGGAAGAAGAACUACAGCGGCUAUCCCCAAUGUACGGGGCAUUGUGAGGUUUGAGUGGACGCACGCUGUCAAUACGACAGGAGGUAGCAUACAACAGAUACCUCCGAACUGGGAUGAGAUCCAUGGUCUGAACACUUCAAUUGAAAAAAGACUUGACAACGUUACCAGCGGGAGUACCGUCUCGGUGUGGAUACGAGCAAGGGACGUCCUCGACAACAAGAAAGUGGACAUGACAAGAGUCACCUUUGAUUUCACUAAACCUCAGUUUAGUCAGAUGAUAUUCCAUCAAAACGAAUCAUCAAACAUCCCUUCAGUUCAGGAGGUGACCGUGUUUGACCCGGAGAGCGGGAUUGAUCACCUCGAAAUCAAGGUCACAGAGAUGGGUGACGGUCAUUUAAUGACCAGGAAGAAUUUAACGAUUGCUUCCAUUCCGCCGAAUAAAUGCACAGACAGGGUACACGACUGCUACUGCCCCAACUCCUUGAACGUGUGUUAUAAACGGGUCAACAAAGUCUACAUCAGCAACUGCUGGCUAAUGGUGGCCAAGGACGCCCUCGCGAUUGCUCAUGUUCGGAUCGAGGUGGGCGUUGUCAACAGGGCGGGGCUAUCGACAACUAAGAGCCACGUGAUACGGGAUCUCAUGCAGCUCAACGGAACGGAAGCAUACUCUGGCCUUGAGAAUGUAAAAACAGAGAGGGUGAAGGAAACGACGGUGCGUGUGACAUGGGACCACGCCCCCAGCUGCUACGAGAGGACCGCCAUCUUGAUCAGCUACAGAUGGAACACUGGGGCUUCUGAUACAGUAAAGGUGUUCAAAGAAGCUAACUCGUACGACAUCGUAGGCCUUGAACCCGACACUGAGUACAAGGUCUUUGUUACAGCAGAAUAUGGAGAGAUGAAGAGUGUACCAAAAGUUGCUUCUUUUACAACGUUGGAUCUGUCGGGCAUUGGUGCUGGAGCUAUAGCAGGGAUCGUUAUAUUGCUUCUUCUGAUACUGGCGGUGCUUGGAGCUGUGUUCCAUCUCUGGAGGACGGGCAGGCUUGCGCUGCUGAUCAAGCAACGGGAGGCCAGACAAAGUCGACGUGAAGAAAACGUCACCGGGAGGAUCACAAACAAUCUUAAAAUACCCAACAAUAGAGGUGAAGCAGUGUCCUAUAUGAACAAUGACGACGAAGACAUCUACCUCUACGGAUGCAUGACGUUCGCUUCUACUCAGACAUGGCAUAUAUCCAUGGAAGACCUCACGUUGGAGGACAAGCUUCACACCGGAAGAUUUGCACGUAUAUAUAAGGCUUCGCAUACGUCCGGCAAAACAGUGAGCGAAGUGGCAGCAAAGGUUAUCAAAGACACACCAGAUGAAGAAAACAAGUUGCUGAUGAUGGCUAAGAUCAACUUUGCAGCAACACAAGUCGGUGAACAUCGCAAUGUGUUGAAAUUUUUCGGCGCUGUUGUCAACAAUGAUGAACUCGGUCCAGUGAUGGUCUUGGAGUACUGUGAGAAUGGUCAGCUGGACACGUGGCUCAAGGACAAUCAGGAAAACGUGGAUAUGGACCUUCUGGAACGAAUUCAGAUGUUUGCCAUGGGUGUUGCUCGAGGAAUGGAAUUCCUGGCCUGUAAAGACAUUGUUCACCGCAAACUGGCUGCUCGGAAUUGCCUACUGACAUUUACAUACGAGGUGAAGGUCAGUGGAUUUGGCCCGAGCUGCAUGGACGACGCCAACGACGAUGACAACAUAACCAAUCAAAAAGCGGAUCGAAUCCCCGUGAAGUGGACUGCUCCUGAAUGCAUUCAUUCUCUGAAGGAAGCCAAUGAGAAGAGUGACAUCUGGUCCUUUGGGGUGACUAUGUGGGAGAUCCUCAGCAUGGGCCAGGUGCCAUAUCCUGACGUUCGCAGCAGAGAUCUCCCUGCCAAAAUCAAGAACGGUUACCGACUCCCCAGACCUGAGUAUUCUGCAGAUAUCCAUUACAACAUGAUGGUCAGCUGCUGGGAGCUGCGUCCUGAAGCGCGUCCUACGUUUGCGGAUGUUGUGGGGAAACUGGAGGAGUCCUUUGGCCUAAGUCCAGCCCACGAUGAAUCGUAUUAUUACCUUCGAUAGCUGUGAUGACGGCAAGCUUCUCCGACCAUUCCUCCGUGGUGCUACAAAAGGAGAAUAUAUUUCACAACUUUGCAAAGAGCUUUAGCACUGAUACAGACUAAUACAUGUAUAACGUUUUUUUGUGUCGAGAAAUUCAUUUAUUGUCUUGCGUUUGAAUGUACACUCUUCCAAAAAGGUAGGGGAACCUGAACUGUCAAUUUGAAUAGGAAGUAUAAGCGUUAACAAACUUUUCAAAGACAGAUAUCUUAAGAACGCACCACCAUUUCUCUUUAUCACUAUUCCCAAACACAACGCAUGCGAUGCACGUGCAUGGGGUGUUAUUCUUGAUUUUGACGGUUUUCAAGAAGCUCCAUAAAUCACUGUAGACUAUUUAUUUUGACAAUCAUCUUGAUCACACAGUUCUUAGUGUUUGUUUUGUACACAUGCGAAUUUCACGUCAUACACGAAUCAUCGUUCAAGAGUGAUAACUGUACAAACAACUAUGGUCAUAAGGAAGUGCAAGUGGCAUCGCACACUCAAAACAUUCAUUAUUGUCAUAUCAACAUUGAUUGACUCCGAUAUAUAUCCAAAUUGUUUCAAUCGUAAAUUCAAAGUCAAGUUCCCCUUCUUUUUUAAGAGUAUAUUUGAGACUGGUCCCGCGGAAUGUACUGGGUACGCUCACCCUUUCGCAACAUGUUAUCAAAUCCCGAUAGUGAUUCUAAACAGGGUUUAUUGCUAUAGCCGUUCAAUGGACUUUCAGUAUAGUUUUCGUUCUUUUGAUUAUAGUAAGGGUUUUAUCGAUUUUAUUGGUCUUAACAUAGUGUUUAGUUUAAAAGUCACAUGCAAAAAUAACAAAAUACCAACAUAAUUAAAACAAAAUUAAAACAAGCGGGUGGGCGUGCACUCAAGUGUAACGAAGCCUUUCAUUGG